AUGGGUGAGGUUGAAGCUAUGGAAAUCAAUACUCCAUUGUCAAAUCAGUUUGUUGAAGAGGAGUACAAUCAAGAAUGGACUGAAGAAGAAGAGAAGACAUUUGAAUAUGCUCUAGCUAUAUUUGAUGAAGAUACACCCGAUCGUAGGAAGAAUGUGGCAGCUGUGAUCCCAAGAAAAACUGUUCUUGAUGUGAUCAGGCACUACAAGAAAUUGGAAAGAGAUGUGUGUGGAGUAGAAGCUGGUCCAGUUCCACAUUUUCUUCACUCUUCUUUCUCACCGGAGAUGACGGUUGGUGGCUACAGUGAUGGAGGAAGCAAGAAGAGGUCCGCUACUGAUUCGAGUUCUGAGAAUAAUAAGAGAAAGAAAAUAGUUCAUUGGACAGAAGAUGAACACAAGCUCUUUCUUAUGGGACUUCAAGAGUGUGGCAAAGGGGCUUGGAAAAAUAUCGCUCGAAAGUUUGUAGUGACAAGGACUCCUACCCAAGUAGCAAGCCAUGCUCAAAAGUACUACAUCAGGCAAAAGCUUUAUGAAGGAGGGAAAGAUGACAACAAAAAGAGAUCUAGUAUCCAUGUUGAAGACAAGUCUCUUCCAUUAAUCCAAGAGUCUCAAAUAAUGCCUUCACCGGCACCGCAACAGAUGAAGGAGACUAGCAUCCAAAAUGUGCAACAUGAUCAAUGGAUUAAUUGUGACCACAACGAUGACCAACUCAUGGGUUUCAAUCCAAGCAACGAUGGAAUGCCCAUGUUUUUUUCUCAAGUAAUGCCUUCACCGCAACUGGGGGAGACUAGCAUCCAAAAUGUGCAACCUGGCUCGAUUGAUGUUGGUCACAACAAUAAUCAACUCAUGAUUUUCAAUCCAAGCAAUGACUAUGAAGUUGGAGGGGCACAACAGAUCCAAAAUGUGCAACCAGCUGGAUGGAUUAGUUGA